AUGAAUAGAUCUCGUAGAAAAGAAUUAAUAUAGUUGGUUAAUAAGAAACGGAGUUUUCUUUCCCCAUCAAUAGGCAAAACAAUCACAAAUAAACCUUUCCGUAGAUAAAGUUGUAGAUGUUCUGAAUGUGGAUUAGUUGGACCCUUUCAAGAAAAAUAAAAUGCUUAACAUCCUCAAACUUAUAUAAGAGCACAUCAUUGUAAGAAAAGAAAACGAAGAAUGCAGAGGAGAAAAGGUACAUACAUCACUUCAUCGAGUUUAAAUGUUGGAUAAUCAGAAAACAACACAAUCAUUCUUACGAACUAACCCAAAUUAAGAAAGGCUAAAACAAUUUCAGUAACGAAAGAAUUACAGCAAACUAUUAGAAAAGGUAAGAGACUUCUAACCAAAGACGAUCAGCAAAUUAAAUAUGAAUUUUUCUAUAACAAUGAACUCAAGUUAUCGAAAGGCUUUUUAGAAAAUUCAUAAAAUUCUUAAAUCUAUGAGACUGCCUUGAUAUCCUUUGUCAAUUUCACUAAAUCUCCGAGCUUUAUACUCAAUAGUUAUAAAAAUAUUAUUAAUGAAUCAAAAGCAAGCUCAGAUGAUGAACAUAAUCAAAAAGACUUUAGAGAUAAAUAAUUAUAAUUGGCAUCUCCUAAGGUUAAUACAAAAAAUAAUUCUAUGCAUAGUCGAAAACUUACUGAGGGAAUGAUGCAUUCAAAUGUUAAUAAAACUGUAUAGUAGUUUGUUCAAUCUUGUACAACCAUAAGAGUGUUGAAUUCUCCAGUAAGAGUUUUGAAUUCUCCAGUAAGAGGUUUGAAUUCUCCAGUAAGAGUGUUGAAUUCUCCAAAACCUUCAAAACAAGUUAAAUUGCCAUCAAUUAAUUCUAAACAAGAAUAAAACAAAUUCUCUGUUUAUUUAUUAAGUUCUCCUCGAAAAGCAAUAAUGGAGUUGAAAAACUAAAUUUCUUCUUAAAAAAAAAUAAAAGUCUUAAGAAAAUGA